UAAAGCCUUAUCUCCUCGCACAGCACCGUAUUCGGCAGGAAUCCAUGAUGAAGAGACUUGUUAUGUUACUCCUGGCCAUGGCCGCUCUAGGGGACUUGGCAUUUACAUUGAAGUGUUACACCUGCGUGAAAAAAACUGUUGGAAACUGCAGUGAGAUAGUGGAGUGUCUGACGCCCCAAACAUCAUGCCAAACCAUCACUAAAAGUGGUGACGUUGGUUUUCCAUUCCACGGAGAAGAGACUGUAACCAAGGAUUGUGCCGAAAGCUGUAAGCCAACCGAAGCCAACGCUCUAGGAGUGGAUGAGGUGGUCCGCUGUUGCCAAACUGAUCUUUGUAACAAAGGAGGUUUUAUUCUCGAACCCGCCACCAAUGCCACCACCCAAAAACCAACUAACCCUCAAGUACCCAUCAACUAAGCUUCCAUGCAUACAACUUACACAGCCCUGACCAUGGGUGCAGAGGUCAUCACAGGUCUCUUACAGAUCUAGACAUGAUCUAGCGUAACCACCAACUGCUUUGUUGGUCAUCUCUAGAGAUGAGCAAAUUUCAUGUUAUAUAAUUCGUUCACGCUUCGUUUGGUAGUAAAAGCAGAAUUGUGCUAUGGAUUCUGUUACCACGGAAGAGGACUCCCC